GUGCUGCGCCAGUUUGUAAGACAUGAGUCUGAUACAGUUAGCUCAUUGGUACUGGAAAGAUCCAUGAAUCGUGUUCAGUUACUUGGUCGGGUUGGACAAGACCCUAUCAUGAGGCAGGUGGAAGGCAAAAAUCCUGUUACCAUAUUUUCUCUUGCAACCAAUGAGAUGUGGAGAACAGGAGACAGUGAAACAAGCCAGGGAGGUGAUAUCAGCCAGAAAACAACAUGGCAUAGGAUCUCUGUCUUCAGACCAGGCCUCAGGGAUGUUACCUAUCAGUAUGUGAAGAAAGGUUCUCGAAUAUAUGUUGAAGGGAAGAUAGACUAUGGCGAAUAUACGGAUAAAAACAACGUGAGGCGACAGGCCACAACAAUUAUAGCAGAUAAUGUGAUUUUCCUGAGUGAUGCUGGUAUGAGAGAUAAGGUGUAAGGUCAUUAGAGCCUGGGCCCAGGCCACUUUGUUCCUUUUGUUUUUCACUGCUUCAUGAUUCUGUAAUCACAUAUAUGACUGUAGUUUUCUUUAAGAAUAAUUAAAAUGUUUGAUACCUA